AGAUUAUCCCCAACAAAUUUUAUGAUUUUAAAUAUGGUCAUAAGAUGCGUUCUAAGCUAGAUGAGAUUACAACCAAACUGCAUGAUCUUGUCGAGGAGAAAAAUCUUUUGGGUUUGAUUGAUAAUGUUGGAAGGUCAAAUACAAAUAUCAAAAGAUUGGAAGAAACUUCACUUAUUGAUGUACCUAGCGUUGUGGGUAGGAAAGGCGAUAAGGAGGCAGUGCUCGGGAAGCUAUUGGGUAAUGAACCAUUUAGUAAGCACUUCAGCGUUGUAUCCAUAGUCGGUAUGGGUGGGAUUGGCAAAACCACUCUUGCGCAAGUUUUGUACAACGAUAAGAAAGUGAAGGAUCACUUUGAACUCAAGUCAUGGGUUUGUGUUUCUGAUGAGUUCGAAGUAUUUAAAAUUUGCAAGGCUAUUUAUAUAGAUGUAGGUGGGAAUGACCAAAAAUUUGAGACUUUAAAUCAGCUGCAGGUGGCUCUUACCGAAAAACUUUCAAAGAAAAGGUUCCUAAUCGUUCUAGAUGAUGUCUGGAAUGAAGACCACAACAAGUGGGAACUCCUCCAACGCCCGUUUGUUGCAGGGGCAUCUGGAAGUAAGAUUAUUGUCACAACUCGAAAUAGUACAGUUGCAUUGGUGAUGAAUUCUUCUCAAUCUUACCCUCUGGAGCUUGUGUCGAAUGAAGAAGCUCUGUCUUUGUUAGCCCAACAUGCUCUGGGUAAACAAAAUUUCGAUUCGAAUCUGACACUUAAGUUGUAUGGAGAAGGUAUCGUGAAGAAAUGUGGCAGAUUACCAUUGGCAUUGAAAACACUUGGAAGGGUGUUGAGAACAAAAUCAAGUGAUAAAGAAUGGGAGAAGUUGUUAAAUAAUGAGAUAUGGAACUUACCGAAUGAAGGUGAUAUUCUUCCGGCCCUAAGACUAAGUUACUAUGAUCUCCCUCCGCAUUUGAAGCAAAUGUUUGUCUAUUGCUGCUUAUUCUCCAAGGAUUACAUGUUUAGCAAGGAGGAACUCGUCCUACUCUGGAUGGCAGAAGGGUUUUUGUACCUGACAAAUGGCAGCAAGUCAAUGGAGGAUUUAGGUAGUGACUAUUUUGAAGAGCUUGUGUCGAGAUCGUUUUUUCAGCAUCCACCCAAUAAUAAAUCGCAUUAUACAAUGCACGAUCUCAUUAAUGACCUGGCAACAAGUGUUGCCAGAGAAUACUUUUUCAUGUUGGGUGAGAAGAGCGCCGUUAACUGCCAAAAUGAAGCUUUGGAGAAGCUCCACCACUUUUCAUUUAUUCGUCAAGAAUUUGGAAUAUAUGAAAAGUUCAAGGCACUAUACAGAGCCAGGCGCUUGCGAACAUUCUUACCAAUGUCGUCGGUAAAGAUAGAUAGAUGGAAAAGUUUCUAUCUAUCAAGCAAGGUCCUUACAGAACUACUACCCCAACUACAAUUCUUAAGGGUGCUAAGCCUGGCUAAUUUUAGAAUCACAGUGAUACCACAACCUAUUGGUGGUUUGAAACAUUUGCGGUAUCUCAAUUUUUCUAAUACUGAGAUCACAUGUUUACCGGAACAAGUCGGUGACCUGUACAAUCUACAGAGCUUGUUGCUUUCUGGUUGUAAAGAGUUAUUCAGGUUGCCAGACAGUCUCGUAAAGCUCAUAAACCUGCGGUACCUCAACUUUUCUGAAACAAACAUCACAUGUUUACCGGAAGAAGUCGGUAACCUGUACAAUCUACAGAACUUGUUGCUUUCUGGUUGCCAUGGGUUAUCUAGCUUGCCAAACAGUCUCAUAAAGCUGAUAAACCUGCGACAUCUUGAGAUCACAGAUACUCCAAGGUUGAAAGAGUUGCCCAUGGGGAUAGGUGAAUUGACUGGUCUAAAAAUUCUAUCAUCCAAAGUUAUUAUCGGAGAUGCUAAUGGGUUCAAAAUAUCCCAUCUCAAGGACCUACAACAUCUUCAAGGUCGGCUUGCCAUUGAAGGACUGCAUAAAGUAGCAAACUCAAUGAACGCAAAGAAAGCCAACUUAAUGCAAAAGAAGGGCCUUCAUGAUUUGGAGAUGGACUGGGGUGACGUCUUUGAUGAUUCUCGUAAUGAGUUGACUGAGUCUGGUGUGCUUGAAGAACUAAGGCCUUUUAAGAAGUUGACCAACAUCAAGAUAUCAAACUACAUGGGAACAAAAUUUCCUAGUUGGCUUGGGGAUCCCAUAUAUGAUUGCUUAACCCACAUUACAUUACAUGGCUGUAGAAGUUGUACAUGCUUACCGACACUUGGACAUUUACCGUCACUUCAAAAACUGUUUGUUGAAAGCAUGAAUGGUUUGAAGAGGGUGGGUUCAGAGUUACUUGGAACUUCGAAUGGUAAUACAUUUCCAUCACUUGAAGUUUUGGAAUUUAAGGAUAUGGACAGUUGGGACGAAUGGUCAACUGUAAAUGAUGAUAGCAAAGAUGCAAUUGCUACAUCAUUUCGUUGUCUUAGUGAAAUUUCUAUUAUAAACUGUCCGAAAUUGGCCGUAUUGACAAUUGAGCCAAUACAUUCACUUCGCGUUCUACAUGUAGAAAAAUGUUCAGCAGUGACGUUAAGAAGCAUGAUCGGUGUGUCUUCAAUUAUUACUAGAUUAACAGUGACGGAAAUUAAUGGACUUACUACUUGGCUAGAGGGAGAAGUAUUAGAGAAUCUUAGGGCAGUAGAAUUUCUUAGCAUUUCAUGGUGUGAUGAACUCACAUACUUGUGGGAAUCGGAAGCUGAAGCAUGCAAGAUUCUCGUGAAUCUGCAGGAGUUGAACAUAAUUGGGUGUAAGAACUUGGUAAGACUAGGAGAAAAAAAGGUGGAUUUGGUGAUUCACAUGGAAUCUCUUAGAAGUGUCGGACUAUAUCAUUGUGCGAAAUUGGAGAGUUACUAUUGUGGUUCAGAUAGUAUUGAGACGCUGAAAAUAUCUGGUAGUGGUUUAAUGAAAUCAUUGACCUUCCCAGCAGUGAAUGAUUACGACUUGCCAUCCACUUUUAAGAGUCUUGAAAUUUGGGAUUGUAAGAAUGCGGAGGUUAAUUUGCUCCUCAGCAACUUCUUGUCAUCGCUUACAUCUCUUCAAUUAAAAAAAGUGCCAAAUUUGAGGUUGUUACCAGAAAGAUGCUUACUUCAUCUCAAAGACUUGAGAAUUUGGGGGUGUGAAAACAUAGAAUACAUUCCAGAGAAAGGUUAUGGUUUUUCCCCACAUCUUUGCCUGAGAUUUCUUUUGAUUAAGCGUUGCAAGAAUAUACAUUCAUUUCCACAUGAGCAAUUGCGAAGUCUCACAUCUUUGGAAGAGAUGAGGAUUAAGGAUUGUCCAAGCAUGGACAAGUCCUUUCCUUGUGGAUUUUGGCCUCCUAAUUUAAGAGAGAUAAGAAUAGGAGGAUUAAAGAAGCCGAUGUCAGAGUGGGGGAUGCAGAAUUUCCCAAACUCACUUGUUAAUCUAACGUUAUAUGGUGAUAAUUCGGGAGUGGUUUCAUUUGCAAAUAUCAAAAGCAAUACUUCAUCAUCAUCAUCAUCAUCAUCAUCAUCAUCAUUGUUUCUACUUCCAUCAUCUCUAACUCGUUUAUCCAUGCGUAGUUUAAAGGAAUUGGAAACAGUUUCAAAAGGAAUGAAACACCUCACCUCCCUUGAAUAUCUUUAUAUUUGGAGAUGCGAGAAGCUAAGAGAUCUGCCAGAGACACUACUCCCUUCACUUUCAAGUUUGAGGCUGAUUUUUCCUUCCGUGGAACUGAGAAAAAAGUGUAGUAGUGAUAGAAAAAGAAAAGGAAAGUACUGGCCCAUCAUUUCCCAAAUCCCUCAUCUACAAAUCUCUCCGAGAAAUAAUACUUCCUUUUAAUUAGUGGCUUUGAUUUUGUUAACUCUUUUUUUUUUUCUAUGUAUAAAGAUAUAUAGUUUGCUUCUUUGUUGUAUAGUAAUUGUCUGCGUUUGUUCUGUCACUAUAAAGGACUAAAUGAUGUAGUUUGUAAUGUAAUAUGAAAUACAAAAUGCAGAGAAUAGGUAAUGUUGGGAGCAAA